AUGGCUAACAGUUUGCUGAUUGAAGUUUUUGCCCGUGUUUUAUUCAGCUUCACACGCGGCGUGGCGGAGCAUUACGACCCUGAUGAGCCUGAAGUGGAGACGUUUGGAUAUAACGAAAGCUUAAGCAGUGAGGGUCGAGAGUGGAAUUGUCAGCCCGUUGAUAAACCUAUUUACCAGGAAUAUUCACCGCCAUCGGACGACGAUUAUGAUCUCUUGUCAGUCGAUAAUUCUCGAGUUAAAUAUCGGGUUAUUGACGCGAGCUCACCAGAUGAAGAUGGAGACGAACAGCAAAAUGAAGAUGAUGAAAUGGCUUGGAAGCGAUUCAGACCAUCCGUUCUUCGCACAGUUUGUCAAUCAAUGUACAUCGGCGCAUUGAUUUCACUUCUGGCCGCUGUUAUCCUCGGCCUU